CUCACCAGCCCAACCCAGCCCAGCCCAGACACCACCAUGACCGGCUCCUGCUGUGGCUCCUCCUUCUCCUCCCGGAGCCUUGGGGGAGGCUGCUGCCAGCCCUGCUUCAGCCGCGACCCCUGCUGCUGCCGCCCCGUGUCCUGCCGGACCACCGUGUGCCGCCCCGUGACCUGCGUGCCCCGCUACACGCGCACCAUCUGCGAGCCCAGCCGCCGCCCCCUCUGCUGUGACCCGUGCUCCCUGCAGGAGGGCUGCUGCCGCCCCAUCACCUGCUGCCCCACGUCCUGCACGGCCGUGGUCUGCCGGCCCCGCUGCUGGGCCUCCACCUGCUGCCGGCCCAUCUCUGUGCAGUCCCCCUGCUACCGCCCCUCCUGCUGCCAGCCUGCUCCCUGCCGCACCAUCUGCAGGACCUCCCGCUGCUGA